GCUCUACCUUCGUUGAACCAAUCAAGUGCAUCAUUGCAUUUUUCUCGGUACUAUGCAAAUUUUGAAUGCAUCAGAAAAUCCCGCGCGAUCGAUAACUGGGUGGAAAACUUGAUUGAUCGCCUUCAACUGGACCAUUUGAGGAUCACAUGCGGUCAACGAAGAUAUUCGCAUGAAAUUGGGUUUCUUGCUGUAGGCUGUACCCAUCAGGAUGUCGGAAGAGGAGAGAGAGAUCCCAGCACUUGGUAACGACCGAGACACGAAAGCUCAACAAAAUGAUAAUUCAGAGACUGCAAAUGGCGAUCAACCGUCAACAAGGGAGGCCAAAAAAUUCUCUGUCAACCAAGUGAAAUUUGAUGAGACAUUAACUGAUCCUUUGGAUAAGGAAAAUGACACCGAACCACGGAAAGCACCAGAUGCAAAUGGGCCAAAAAGCCCAACGACUCCUGAACAGUUCACGUACGGGUACCGAACCAAUGAGGCCAUUCCUAUGACCAUUUUCUAUCGAAGUCAGCACUCGCAAGGCCAUGCCGGAAAGCAACGACCCACUCUCCAAGAGCUUCGUAAAGGGUUAGAGAAUGACAAGGUAGGUAAGACAUGCAUGUUCAGCUUCUAAUGUUUGCAGUAUAUGAACCUGUUAUGUUAGGACAUAAUGUGCGAAUAGGGACAUUUAAUUGUACUAUUACCUUUGCUUUCAUUUUUACCUCGGAAAACAACCGGCGAAGCCGGUUUUGCCGAGUUAUCGUUAUGUAUAUGGCAAGAAACUUCUCCGGAGCGGGGGGGGAGGGGGGUGGGAUGAUUUGAAGGAAGUUUGAUUGGGGCUGUGCUGCUGAAACCCUAUUCGAGACACUAAAUGGUGAAAUUGAAUACUUUUUUAAGAGUAAAGACUGAGGAUCCUAUAAACCUACACCAUGCAGAGCGGCUCAUACCCAGUGGAAGUUUCCCUCCCUGAGCAUGUUGUCCAUCUUUUAACUCCCAAGGGAACCAUUUUCCAUAUAUGGAGGCAAAGAAACAAUGUAUUUAAUAAUGACGACAUAUCAUCAAGACAUCAUGACUACUUUCAGUUGGGUGCAUGAUAAAUCUACUAUAUUUACCUAUUUUUCAGAGCAGUUUUCCAAAAUAUACCCAAGCUUACAUGUCCUUGUCAACCGAAGUUUUCAUGCUAAAGAACAAUAAUAUUUCAUUAUAUUACAGUAUUGUUUUAAGAAAUGCUUAUUUAUUAGUGAUUCUGAUAUAAAUCACAUCAAGGUUGAAAAUAAAUCACAGCUUUUAGCCUAAAUCUGAAGGCUUUUUUUGUCGAGGCUUAUUUUUUCCCGCCUGUCAAAUAAUGAAUGAGUACAUCCUGUCAAUAGUCAAGAACGUGAUACACAGCUCAGGAAACAAUAUCAACAUAAUUCAUAACAACAUUUUCAUAGAACUGAUAUUUGGGAAGUCAAUAUUAUUGGUAUCAUGAAUCUUCAUUUUGAUUAAUGUGUUUCAUUGCAACAAUUCCCUUUCAAACAAAGCAUUGUGAAUGGCUCUCUUUUUAGGUGUUUGCUCAAGCAUAAAAUAUGGACUUUAAUUUGUCUGGACAAACCAUCGCGCUUCUUCACUCAUAGACAAACUGUCGCACUUUGUCACUCACAAACCAGUGCAGAGCACAAACAUUGGAAAUCCAUUCUGUCAAUCAAUCUGAUUACAAAACCUACUUUAAUUUGAAUGAGUAAAAAGGCUUCACAAACUGCACCAGGGCUGUCAUUAAGUUUUGAAGCAGGCAUAGCAUGAAAGAUUUCAGCUAGAGUACCUUAAAAAUGUGGCCAACAGCUAUGUAACAAAAGGCCCAAAGAGCCUGUGUGUCUAGGGGCAUGCCCCCCAGAAAAUUUUUAAAAUUAGACUCUCGGAAAUGCAUUUUCCUUCACUCUGGGGCAGGCUGCUCUAUCAGCUCCUCCAUUUUUUUCUGUCCAUUGAGACUUGGAAAAAAAAAGCUGUUGAUUCCAGGUUGACUUGGUGUGGGAUCCUUUCUUUUAUUCAUGGCGAAACCAUAGAAUAAAGAUUUAAACUAUCCACGUGAAAUUGGUCAUGCAACACUGUACUGCAAAAGUUGGUCAGCAGAAUCUAAUUUAAAGCAAGCCUGUUUUCCUCCAUGGUGACACCAUCAAUCUUCUGGAGGUGGAUGCGGUUAUAAAUGUGUACCAUGCAUGUUCCUACCGAAUUCAGGCAAGAAGUGGCUGUGAGCCACAGUAGAAAUAAUGGCGGAGAAAAGUGUUAUUAAAAUAAAUGCCUAUUAAAAAUGAGCAAUUCAAACAUUUCAUCUCAAUUUUCUCUCCUCAGCCCCAGACUAACCUUUUAGCUGCUUGCAUCGUUCUCCCCACCCCAGUCAUUUAUCAUGUUGUUUCAUGAUGCUAGAUUCCCAAGAAUCUAAUGCCAAACUACUUUGCAAGUGCAACAGGAGCCUAUAAGUCGGUUACCUGUCAAAAUUUGUGUCUUAUUACGUUGUUCUUGUUGUGGUUGGAUACUGGGCCCCUUGGCUGGAUACAAAAAUAUUAAUUUUAUGAUGGAUACAAUGACAAAAAAAUUGAACCUUUUUUGUCAUAUUACAGACUAAAUAGAUUGUCUAUGCAGGGUUUCUGAUAUUUCGCAGGAAAAAAAGCAAGAUUUCGCGGGAUUUUCAGGGGCAAAUUCGCGGAACAAUCAGCCAAUUUCGCGGGAUUUUAGCAGAAAAAAGUCAAUUUUCGAAGGAUUUUCAGGGGGAAAUUCUUAGAAAAAAUUGGCCGAUUUCACGUGAAAUUUCGGGGGAAAAACUUCGCCAAGAAACAAUCAGUAAAAAACAGCCAUGUAUUUGGAAAUAUUUCUGGUGGAUUUCGCGGUAUUUCGUGUUUUUUUGGGAAUUUUGCGGGAUUUCGCGGAAAUACCUGAAUUUCGCGGGUCCGCGACUGCGCGAAAUAUCAGAAGCCCUGUCUAUGGGCCAAAUUUCGGAUCUCUUGCAACCAAGGAAGGAAGAUUGUAACAGUUUUAAACUGAAUUGGCCUGAUACUGUGCAACAUGCUGUAUAGCUAGAAGAGUUUUAGUGGCAUUAGAUGGUCUUUUUAUUAAACAGGUCUCAAUUCUUAGUUUUAAGAGGCAACAACACCAUCAAUUCUAAUAUAAAAGUGUAGAAGAUUAUCCGGAUGUGUAAAAUGUUUGUUCGAGUGAAAACUCACUUUGACUAAUUUAAAUUACGAAUAGGGGACUCACCUGAGACGGCUGGGUCAACUGAAAGUGUUAAACCUUUCUUUUAAUUUUUAUGGGCUUUCCUGAGACUUUUGGUGGUACAAGAACGCAACUUAAAUAUGAGACAGUGCCAAGAGAGUCACUUGAUUGAAUUUUAUGUUAUGUUUCCCUUAGAGUCUAGGAAAUUUCCUGUUUCACUCCCUCUCUUCGUUCUGCACGAAGAAGAGCUGUUUCGUAUUUUGACUGGAUGCUGUUUUGGAAUGAAGCAAUGGUGAAAUUGACUGGGGCAGGGGAUGGGAAAAAUAAUAUUGUCAUCUGGUGCUUAGCCUAAAAAUUUAUAUUCUAUUUUGUUUAGGCAGUAAAGUAGCCUGAAUUUCAGCCAUCUCCUUGAGUCAAACACUGCCAAGGAAGGCAUCUGGCACUUCCACAAUGUGAAAAAAAAAUCCUGCAUAAAAUUUAUGUUGCCAUGUCAAAUGGGGCACAAAAAAUAGACCCAAGGAUAAGUACUAUUUUUUUGAAAUAAAGUAUUCAAAAACAUCACUGAUGUAACAACACUGAUUUGACGGCUGCUCCAUAAACUUACUUUGAACUUUUAUAGCCUCUUACUGCCUCAAUUGCUGGUAUUCUGAAGUAAUUUGAGCUCAGGCUUUUUCAGUUGCCUAGAAUGUUCCAAAAUGGCAGCAAAGUGUCAAUAAACGUUCAUUUUCUCAUGGAACAUUCUGUGCCAAUAAGGAAGUUCAAAUACCUUUUGAGGGACCCCCUUUCUUAGUCCCCCAUUCUUGAAGAAGGGCCCCCUAAAAUUACAGAAGGGGCCCAUUUGACCCUCAUUGGCCAAUUUCUAGAAUAAUGUAUAAUUUUUGAGGGUCUGUGUUGAUAUUCAGCAGAUUGCAAGCUUGCAUUGAGUCCAAAAUUGCAACUAUCUUUGUCCUGAACAGCAAAUGAGCCCUUGUCUUAAUAAACUGAAACUUUGACUUGUUAAUGUGAACUAAAAAUAAAUAAUUAAUGUGGAGAGUCAGUAUAGGUUUUCAUUUAGAGCCGCUUUGUGGUUUUGGCAGUGAUUUCGCUUAAAGCAUUAAAGCAUUGAUCAGUGACUGAUUUUUGUGAGAACUUCUUGUCAUUUCCAGUGACAGUCAAGUGUAAUGAUUAGUUUUUCUUUCUUUGCUUGCUUGCUUUCUUCUUUGUUAAGAACCAAAUAGCUUCUUUUAAAUUAAAGGAAAUUGAAGGAAGUGUCCCAGGUGUAUGCCAUUCUUGUGAGGUCAUGAUCGAGCUUGAUUAUUGAAUUCUGGUGCUAUACGUCAAGCGAAAGAUCCGUUCAGAAUACUGCUUGCAGUUGAUAAUUUUAGUUUUUGACAUGAAUUGUGACUUGAGAGUAAAACACUUCAUCUGUACCAUGUAGACCUUUCCAGAUGACACUUCUUUGUUUGCCAGUUAAAAAUAAACAUUGAUUAAGGCAAAGGCAUUAUUUUUGUGGCUCUGUGAUUCAAGUGUCAUUUUGGAGUGUGUGACCCAAGAGGAUGACUAAAUUGAGGCUAGUAGUAAAGCCUAAUGGGACAGUUUUGUCAUUAUUGAAGAAUGCCUUUGUUGAGAAAAUUAUAUCAAAGUGAAUUUUUCUCUUUCUUGUGCUUGUAGGGUGAUCUUUCCAAGGAACCCAUACUGGAUGAAAGCAAGCUAGAAGAAGGUGACCAAUUGCAAAUUAGGACAAGGGGUGCGUCAAAUGCUGCACCCAAGUUUGGUUGGAUCAAAGGUGUGCUAUUUGGCUGCCUCCUAAACAUAUGGGGUGUUAUGCUGUACUUGAGGCUGUCCUGGGUGGUUGGUCAUGCUGGAAUGGGCUUAGCUACAGUUAUCAUUCUUUUAUCUACUGUGGUGACUACUUUGACAACAUUAUCUAUGUCUGCAGUUUGUACCAAUGGGGAAGUGAAAGGAGGUAAAAAAUUAUUUGAUAUUACCCUGAAGUUGAUGUAAUAAAAGUCUUGGAAAGUUGUACAGUAGCACAAAAUAAUGACUUUAUAUAGCAUGAAAAUGGUGAAGACAUAGUCAUCAUAAGAUUUUGGCAAACUGAUACCAUAAAUCCUCUAUUAAGCCCACAGGGGACUUACUAUUUUCAAGCCCAUUUGAGGGGGUGCUUAAUAGAGACAGGGGGCUUAUUUGAGAGGGGGGUGGGUUAUUUAAUAUUAUUUAGAAAUGACGAUGGUAUCAGUUUUCCAAAAAGAACAAGAAUACAAAGUGGAUAAGCUUAAGAACAAGAAGUUUUAGGUCAUGCAGCCAAGGAUGAGAAUCAAAUCCAAACUUCUAGUUAGUAAAUAAACCAUUCCACAUCAGUCCACACGAAGUUUUACAGUCGUAAUUAAUUUAUACAGUCUAUAAUUUAUUUUAUUAGUGAGGAAUAAUUAGGGGAGGGGAAGGGGGGUUUAUUAACUUUCUUCACCUAAAAGGUGGAGGGGGGGGGCUAAAUAGAGGAUUUACGGUAUUUCUUUUUUAAUUCUUGAUAUCUUUAGGUGGUGCAUACUAUCUAAUAUCCCGCAGUCUUGGUCCAGAGUUUGGUGGCUCCAUUGGUGUCAUUUUUUCAAUUGCUAGUGCUGUGGCAACAGCGAUGUAUGUAGUUGGCUUUGCAGAAACAGUACGGGAUAUCCUCCGUGAUAGCGAUGCUCUUAUGGUGGAUGAGUCUAAUGACAUUCGAAUUGUUGGUCUCAUUACCAUUGUCAUUCUCCUUGGGGUUACCAUGGUAGGCCUUCAGUGGGUGGUGCGAACACAGAUAUUCCUCUUGAUUGUUUUAGUUAUUUCAAUUCUAAAUGUCAUGAUCGGAACUUUCAUUGGACCACAGUCAGAGGAAAGCAGGGCAAAAGGCUUUGUUGGCUACAAAAAGGAUCUCUUUGAUACCAACUUUAGUCCUGGUUUUAAAGGUGAAAGCUUUUUUUCUGUGUUUGCAGUUUUCUUUCCUGCUGCAACAGGGAUUUUAGCUGGGGUUAACAUCUCUGGUGAUCUAAAAAAUGUACACAAAGCUGUUCCAAAAGGAACACUGCUGGCAAUCCUGAUAAGCACAGUGGUUUACAUAAUGCUUGGCUGGUUGGUGGGUUCGUGUGUUGAAAGAGAGGCACUUGGUAUAGUAAUCUCAAAUCAGAGUGCAAACCAAACCAUGGCAGCUGGCUCCUGUGCAGUGCAGGAAUGUAGAUAUGGCCUCCUGAAUGAUUUCCAGGUAUGUUGCUCUCCCGUGGAAUGCUUACAUUUUAAACAUUUUGCCAACAGCUAGUUAUGGAAAUAAAUCACAACUUUUCAGUCAAUGAUAAAAUUCUGACAAAUGUGUUACCUUAGCUUGUGUUUGAUAUUGAUCAAGAGAUUUAAUAGAAUAGCUUUCAAUGUGUAACAAGUUGCAAACAUGGAGCAUUCUGAAUUUUAAAGUUAUCAGACAAGUGUUUGGGAUCUGACUCCUAAAGCACAACCUGGAGUUCUACUGUUCCGUUAAUUUUUACUUAUCUUUUAGGUAAUGGAGGCAGUGUCUGGAUGGGGUCCCAUUGUGACAGCAGGCAUUUUUGCAUCCACCUUAUCAUCAGCACUUGCAAGUCUUGUAGGUGCACCCAAAGCAUUUCAAGCUGUGUGUAAGGACCACCUCUUUCCUUACAUUUCAUUCUUCGGUGUUGGGUAUGGUCCAGGUAAUGAGCCACGUCGCGGCUACAUUCUGGCUUUUGUCAUAGCUGCAGCCUUCAUCGCAAUUGGUGACCUUAAUGUUAUAGCACCAAUCAUCUCCAAUUUCUUCCUUAUUGUAUAUGCCCUCAUCAAUUAUGCAGUGUUUGCAGCUUCUCUGGGUCAUUCCCCAGGGUGGCGUCCAGCCUUCAAAUACUAUAACAUGUGGUUGUCCUUAUUGGGUGCCCUGUUAUGCAUAGCCAUGAUGUUUCUGAUCAACUGGUGGGCUGCCUUGUUGACAAUUUUUAUUGUCAUGAUUUUGUACAAGUAUGUUGACAUCACUAAGCCAAAGGUAAGUAUCAAAAUUAAUGCAGCUAAAUAUUUUAAAAAACCAGGGUUGGAUAUUUGACUCUUUUAACCCUCUAGUAGUGUGGGAAUCAAAAAACACUUAUCCACACAUAGAGGUGUUUACUGACUAUAACCACGCCUAUUUUCAUGAAGCCUUUGGGAAAACAGUGGCCUUUUUUACUUGGUUUUUCCUGGUAAGGGUCAUCUCAACCUGUCAAUAGACCUUUUUGGGUUGUAUAUUUUGUUUUUCCAUUUGAGACCAUGUGAUAGUAACCCAGAGAACUGUCAUCCAAUACUCGUGCAUCCACAUGCACAUGUCUGCUUAGUUUAUAAAAAGACACAUUUCCUGGAGAACAUCAGGUGGUCUGAAUUGGGGAAACAAAACAUACAGGCUGAAGAGGUCUAUUGGUUUUGAUCUGGCUUAGUAAAGUGACCAAAGAUUUUUAAGGUUGUUAGCUCUAUUUUAUUUUCUGUUUGGGUAACUUAAUAAAAUGUAGUAAUAUUAGCGUGCUGCAUGUCCUGUUUUGGUUAAUCGUCUGGCCUCCUUUGAAUAAUCACCUCCUCCAUUGGUGGACCACAAUAUAUGUCUUCCACAGGCAUUNCUGGUAAGGGUCAUCUCAACCUGUCAAUAGACCUUUUUGGGUUGUAUAUUUUGUUUUUCCAUUUCAGACCAUGUGAUAGUAACCCAGAGAACUGUCAUCCAAUACUCGUGCAUCCACAUGCACAUGUCUGCUUAGUUUAUAAAAAGACACAUUUCCUGGAGAACAUCAGGUGGUCUGAAUUGGGGAAACAAAACAUACAGGCUGAAGAGGUCUAUUGGUUUUGAUCUGGCUUAGUAAAGUGACCAAAGAUUUUUAAGGUUGUUAGCUCUAUUUUAUUUUCUGUUUGGGUAACUUAAUAAAAUGUAGUAAUAUUAGCGUGCUGCAUGUCCUGUUUUGGUUAAUCGUCUGGCCUCCUUUGAAUAAUCACCUCCUCCAUUGGUGGACCACAAUAUAUGUCUUCCACAGGCAUUGUCAAAGCUGCUCAUGCUGACCCAUUCGCAGGAACCUGGUAUAGGAUGCUGAGGUGGACAUCAGUCGAGGCUGACUCACUGCUUGAAAAACACUUUGAAAUUUUAUCAAAGAAAGCAAAUUGAUAUUAUUUUCAAAAGCCUGUUUUUCGUUGGUAAAAGUCCCUAGGUUUAUCACCAUCGAUUCCUGGAAUUAUCUCCCCCUUUUGGUGUGUAAAUAGAAGUCACCACCCCUGGCUAUUGUAUAAGAAAAUACGAUAGAUAAUAAAGGAACCUGUAGUAGUACCUAGAAAUUAUUAAGAUGGAUAAUAAUUUGAACAUGAUAUAUUGUGUCACUGAGUUGAGUUGAAGGUACAUUCCUUCAGUUACGCUAUGUUCCUUUUACUUAAAGAAUGAAGGCUUUUGAAAGGUGGAGUCUAGUAAGGGUUUCCUUAGAAAUGUCCACUUCUGAAUGUGCUGGCAGUGGCUCUGUUCUUACGGAAACUACCAACUCAAGGAUAACAGAGUGCCCACCGGCCCAGCACCAAUGUACAAAAUGUAGGAUACAGUCAUAACACUGCUCAUCCCAUCGUACUUGGUGUUUUCUCUAUUUAUUAACUUUUUUGCUCCAUUUACUUCAGGUAAACUGGGGUUCCUCGUCCCAGGCUUUCACCUUCAUCCAAGCACUCCGCUACACCCGUCGCCUUGACGGGAUAGACGAUCACGUGAAGAAUUUCCGCCCACACUGCCUGGUUUUAACAGGUCCUCCACAGGAUAGACCAAAUCUGACUCACCUUGCGUCGCAAAUUACCAAAAAUGUCAGUCUCAUGGUCUAUGGAAAUGUGAUAAUUCAAAAAGAGUUUGGGUCUCUACCUUCAAACACUGCUGAUACCCUCUGGAUCAGGGAAAACAAGAUAAAAGCUUUCCAAGCUGUGACAACAGGUAUGAAUGUUUAUAUCUUCUUUCCCCUUAUAAGAUGGUACGAAAUGUAUAAACAUUUUGCAUAAACUGGUCUUAUUGCGCUUUCACCAUUCUCCAGGAAGCAAGCUGUGAACAAAUCGCUUAAAGUCGUACUUCAAGAUACCUGCCUGUUAAUUGGCCUUUUCUAAGUUCGACCAACGUAAAGUUGUUAGCACUAACUGUCUUUGGAUUGGCACUUUUAUUGCCCCCGCGGGGAUUUCGCCCAGAAGGCGAAAUCGGCCGAGGAGGCACUCUAGUAACUCGCGCGUAUAUUAAGGAAAGUACUUACAGUUGAAAUAUACAGUCAUACAGUCAAUAUAGAAAAAAUCUCGAUUUGCUUGAACGGGAGCCGCGAGGAAUCGGUAGGUAAUGAUGACGUUUCUAUUGUUUGCGCCCGCAAGUACGAAAUGGUUAGGACGACGUAAAACACAAAACAUACCGAAACAACAGCCUAGAAUAGGUAGAUUUUGUGACAUUAAUUGUGCAGUCACACUUCGAUACUCUUUUGCGUUACGCGUUAUCAGUGACAUUCUGCGGAGCAGUUGUUAUGAAAGUUAUGGACCAAAAGACACUCGUUAAGCGCAGAUGAAGUUAUAAUUUGCGUAGAACAGUGUAUGUUUUAACUCUAAGUGAGUUUGCUAGACACGAGUUCACAAAUCUUUGAUUAGAAACCUUGCCAGACACUCUUUCUCUUUCUUUGACCGGAAUAAGACUUGGCCCAAAACAAGCAAGAUGAGUGAAUGAUUCAACGGCUAGCUUAUCACUAGCAGAACGAUGGACUAUUACAGAAACCGCCGACAGGCAAAUUCUGUGCUGACUUAUUCCCUGCUCACAGAUGUCCUUCCGCUAUAAAGUUUAAAAUAAGACUAGAAUGCUCGACCGUGAAUUGAUCAAACGUCCUUUUAAUUUCUAAGGCUUACUUUCCGGCAAAUAAAAUGAACUAAAUGUAAAAAGUGAAAUAGAAAUAGCGAAAAAUGAAACUUCUAAUUAAAUCUUUUCUUAUGGUUUAGAAUAAACUAUUCUCGAAACUGAGAAUGUUUUGAUCAAAGCUGUGUAAAUCGAACCCAAACUGUGCAUGAAACCUUGCGUUUAUUUCCUGUGUUUAUCUCACCUAUUGUAUGGAAUAUGUGUGAACAUCUUCAUUAUGAAUCGGCAAAUUUCAAAGAGCUACACAACGAGCAAGAAUACUAUUAACUGACAAUAGACAGAGCGGGGGCAGCUGUAGUGUCAACUAUUACUAGUUGUUAUCUCUCAUUUUCACAAUGCGAAGAGCUUUUGAAUGCAGAAUCUCAGCAUAUUAACAUCGACUUAACCAUAAACUUGCAAUGAUCGGCACGUUCGCCUUAUACAAGAAAAGACUUUAAUAGUAAAACCAUUACAGAGUUCCUUACACAGGAAAGUCAAAUGUAAACGAAACAUGAUUAUAUUUUCUUAUAGAUUUUUCUGCUUGACGUCUGUUUUCCCUUUUUCUUCCUUACUAGCCCCCAAUCUCCGUAUGGGCGUGCAGUCCAUGAUGCAUCUUGCGGGUCUGGGAAAGAUGCGUCCAAACACAGUGGUCAUGGGCUUCAAGAAUAACUGGACAAAUAAGAAAUACCUAAAUGAAGUAGUAGAUUACCUUGGAGUCAUAAAUGACAUCUUCGAACUUGGUUAUGGUUUGGUCAUACUUCGCAUGAACGAGGAAUUCAUCCUGGGGAAAGCUGACGUUGAAAGUGAUGACGAUGACGAGACUCCUACCGACUCUGUAGUAGACGAAGAUGAAUAUUCUAGGCCCACACGACGCUCCACGCCAUCAAAGGACAGCACGAGGGAAGAGAAAAAAAGUCUCACUAGCCCAGACCGAGCGUCUCCGGAACUCUCCAACGAUGAUGCGGUACCGCAGGUUGUUAAAAUUGCAUUAAAGGAGAAGCAGACGGGAACUGUGGACGUGUGGUGGCUCUAUGAUGAUGGUGGGUUAACUGUUAUGAUCCCUUAUCUGCUCGCCCUUCACCGCGCUUGGAAAGCCUGCAAACUUCGGUUCUUCUCGGCUGACAUCCGCUCCAAACACGAGCUGAACCCUCAAGGAUUGCGUAUGGCUAACCUACUGAAAAAAUUCCGCAUAGAUGCCAGCUGCGUGGAAGAGGUAGAAGGAGUCAACAAGAGACCUUCCAAAGAGAGUAUUGAUGCUUUCAGGCGCCUUCCAGUAAAAGAUGAACUCGGAGACGCACCAAUUGAGGAUCAGAAGAUCCUUAGGACGAUUCGCAUUGGGGAGCUAGUGAGACAGAACUGUACACAGGACACCAGACUUGUUGUCAUCUCCAUCCCAGUCCCUGUCACGGACGUCACCACCCCCUUGAUGUACAUGAGCUGGCUUGAGGUGCUAUCCGCUGACCUGCCGCCGGUGCUGCUAGUGCGCGGCAACCAGACCAAUGUGUUGACAUUUUAUUCAUAGUAACUUCAUAUUAAGUGUCAGUCAUUAUCCAUUUCGUACGAUCAUAAAUACCGUAUUACGUCGGAAAUGCGCUCUCACAACUUAGCUCAUACUUGCAAAGAAACGCCUUCUCUUCUCUUGACUGCGAUACUUAAGUUUCGUAGGUUUAACUUCAAAACUUAAUCGGUAACUCCACAACACUAAUAGAAUAACGGUAUUUUAAUUUCGGGAUUGGUGUCUUCUGCUUUUUGAAGCAUUUUGACUGCAAUUGCUAUGAAUCGCAACAAUUAAUCCUAGAUCGAAAAGCAGACUGGACCAAUAUGGAUGAUGAAUUCCUUCAAAAUACAAAACAUCAACACGGCUUAAAAUGUGCCACAAGGUACUGUAUAUUGUUAUCGGAUUUUUAGUGGAGAUCUUUAUAAUUUUAGUUUUAAACAAAAGGGGGGAUAAGAGUAAUUUCUGGAGGCAACAAUGAGGGAUGUCAAUUCUUUUGUUGAUACUUGUAAGGUUAAGCUUUUGUAACAUUAUUGAUAUACCACUUCUCAAGUGAAGUUUGUUACUUCAAGGUUCAGUAAAGAACGCUUUUAUUCUUAAUUGCUAAAAAUCAAUGUUCCUUACUUUGGAAAGAAGCCAGCUCUAUUCACACCAUAAUUACCCCCUUUACCCUUAUACGGCUCCCUUAAAUAACAUUGCAGAUUGUCUUCAAUCUCAUAACAUUGAUCAUCCUAAUCAUCAUUGUCAUCUUUAACAUUUUCGUCAGGCAUCAGGAGAAUCAACCCACCUUUCUCACUUUUCAAAACUUAAAAAUCACUUUUAGCAUAUGUCAGUUCAACUUGACCGAAAAUACAUGUUAUGGUUCCAUUUCAUCCUUGGUUUAAAUUUUAUUUUCCUUUGUUUCAAUUAUUCAUAGUCUUUAUCUUUCUCUGUGCUGUAGCUGGUACAGUUUUGCCUUUCAUUACUGAAAACAGUCAAUUAACUCCCCUUUUAGAGAGAUUUGUAUUUAAUUGAACGUUUAGUAUCCAUAAAUUGUGCUCAACUGAUUAACUGAAUGGCCAUUCAGUGUCUUAGAGUACCUGUUGUAUAGCGUAUCAUCCGACUUUUUCCAGUUGGACUUUUUUCUGGGCAGGUUGUCUGGGUCUUUCCACUUGGGCACUUGUUCCUUUGUUGGUCUGUAUCCCAAAUGUAAACUUGAUAUGGUAGUACAGUACUUGAUAUGAUUCGCGUCAUUUCCGGCAGUGUGCAAAGAAACUCACUUUUACAGCUUGCCCGAAGGGCACAUACUAGCCCAAAAGUCAUUUCGACUAACCCGAAAAAAUAUUUUCGAUGAGCAAGGUUGAUUACAGUUCUUCUGUCAUUUGAAUUCCCAAAAGAUACUUCACUUUCCCCUAGGGCAUGCCAAGAACAGAAUUCACUAGCCGGAUAGCAAAAUGCAAUAGCCCUGGGCUAUCGGACUCUACUGUCUGCAAACUGUAUUUUACUCCUUACUGGCACCACAGGUGGACCAUCCGAACUGUUCGAGGGAUCAUGAUGUCACGCGCGGCAUUUGAUCCCAUACUGUAUUUCGUAACGCCCGCACUCGGCCUGAUUCAAGUAAUCGUUAGAAAUGCUUCAUAAAACACAGUAUCUUGCACCUUUUGAUUUCCAAAUAUUGAUAUAAUGUAAGAAAAAUGAAUAAAGAUAACUCACCGUA